GCGGCUGGCUGUGGUGGAGCAAACACAGACCAAAUACCGGCUUUACUAUUGGCCUUUUUGAUCAGAAUUAACAAUAUGGUUAGGUUUUAAAAUAAAAAAAAUACUUUAAAAUACAUGUGUGCUUGGUAAAUAGACUUAUUACGUUACAUUAGCGAAUGACUGUAAAGACACAAUGGAAUAACGAGGAGAUUGGACACACCAGAAGGCUGCUCCUCCGCCCGCUCCUCCGCUCCGCUGCCGCAGGUGGCCUGCUGCAGCCAUGAGGACGCCCCAUUCCCAGCGGUGUUUGGGUCCAAACGUUUACCAUGAGGUGCCUGAAGGCGGCUGGGGCUGGGCUGUGGCCGCCGCCUUCUUCCUGGUGGAGGUCUGCACCUAUGGGACCAUCAAGAGCCUGGGUGUCUUCCUCCAGGAUCUGAUGGAAGAGUUUGGGGAGAGCAACAGCCGGGUGUCGUGGGUUUUCUCCAUCUGUGUCUUCAUCUUUACCUUCACUGCCCCGCUUUCCACGAUGCUGAGCAACCGCUUCGGCUUUCAACCAGUAGUGAUGUUUGGAGGCUUCCUCAUCAGCCUGGGAACCAUCACCUCCGCCUUCAGCAGCUCCAUCAACGAGAUGUACAUCACCAUCGGUGUUGUCUCAGGCCUGGGCUACUGCCUCACCUUCCUUCCCACCGUCACCAUCCUAGCCCAGUACUUCUCCAGACGGAGGGCCCUCGUUACCUCUGUCGCUUCCUCCGGAGAAUCUUUUGCCCUAUUUGCAUUUGCUCCAGCUCUCUCUGCACUGAAAAAACACAUUGGCUGGCGCUACUGUCUGGUGGUCCUCGGCUCCUUUCAGGCUUCUGUGAUUGGCUGUGGGCUUCUCCUCCGUCCAAUCAUUAUUGAGCCGGAGCCUGUAGAGGAGGGCAAAGAAUCAGACAAAGACUCUCUGCCUUUGAAACAGCUGCAGACUGUUUUCGAGCUGGAGAACGAACAAACCAGGACCUCCGUCAGUUCAGAGGACUCGGGCGUCACCUCCCUCUCUACUUCCAACGGAGACCUGAGGACUGCGGGAGCUGAGAGCAAGGCUCUGGUGGAGUGGGAGGAGCAGGACAAAGAGGUUAAAGAGUCGUCACUGUCCACGCCUCCCACCACAGUCAAGGUAGAGGCGGGUCCUCUCCAUCCAGCCAGCCCCAAACUUCUGGACUUUUCUGUGCUUAAAGACGGUGCCUUCAUCUGGUACUCGCUCUUUGGCUUGUUCGCCACGCUGGGCUUCUUCGCCCCGCAGCUCUACAUCAUCGAACUGAGCAAGAGCCGGGGCGUGGAGCCCAGCACGGCCUCCUACAUGCUCUCCGUGAUGGCUGGGGCCGAGAUCUUUGGCCGCUUGUCCAUCGGAGUGGUGUUGAAUAAAGUCCACUGCAGGAAGACCCUGGUGCUGCUGGGCUGUGUGGUUCUGCUGUGCCUGGUGCUGGUGGCCUUCGCUAUGGUGUGGGAGUUCUGGGGCCUAGUGGUCUGCUGCGCCCUCUACGGCUACUUCAUGGGCAGCGUCGGCUCCACUCACAUCCCGAUGCUGGCUGAGGACGAUGUGGUGGGCAUCCAGAAGAUGGCAUCGUCUGUGGGAGUGUAUGUCUCCAUCCAGAGCUUCGCCGGGCUGGCAGGGCCACCACUAGGAGGUGUGUUGGUGGAUGUCACACAGAACUACGGCGCUGCCUUCUACUCCUGUGCCGUGGGAAUGGGCCUCAGUGCCAUUUGCCUGGCUCUGGUCGGCCCGACCAAGUCCGGCAUGUGCCAGAGACAAAGAGGACACGAAGAGGAAGGCAGGAGCACAGAGGAAGAGGAGAAAAUGUCUGAGGAUAGCGACCAGUUGGACUUUUUGGAGAUGGACAGUCCGGUCAGAGAGGCUGGGGAUCAGGACACCGUCUCUGUUAUAUGAAAUGACAGUGUCACGAACACUCCCAGAGACGUUUCUUCACAGAUGCUGCUGCUUCCUAAUCUUAGUUGUCACUCUUUCACAUUCUGAUGAGCUUGAAUUUGACUCACAGGAAGGAAGUCGUCCCUCCUGUGAGACCAAGCACACACAGUCACACCUUUAACUGCUUUAACUUUAGCUCGCUCUCACAAUCCUCUGUGCAUGGUUAGUUUGAGUACCUCUAUCUCAGGUAAGAAGUGUUGUUGUCAUGGAUAUUGAGGCGCCAUGAGUUCGACAAAACAGUCUAAUGAUAUCUGUGGAAGCCUCCGUGACUUCACCACUGUGAUGAGCUUGUUGAUUGGCGCUCAUGUGGAGGCGUCUAUCCUCAUCAGAGUCCUGCUGAUCACCUGCUCGUUCUGUUCACCCCAUAAUGGAGGCACGCUGCACAUCCACAUGACACACUUCUUCACUUCACUUCUCCAGUAAACUCCGGAGAGCUUCCUAAUGGGACUCUCCUGAAUCAGGUCUAGCUGUAUGCAUUUGAUGCAUGGUGAAGAAUUGAACUGCUGCUAAAGCUGGACAAGAUUACGCAGUCAUGCAAUUUUCUCAUACAGGAUUGUCUCCACGUUCAUGUAAUGGAUAUAUAUAUUUUCUAUCGCCACGGUAACCGAAGCAAUAUGGCAGUAGCGUUGUCUGUACAUGGAGCAUGCAUUCUAUGCUUUUAUGAUCGUGUAGGUUGUGAGAUUCAUUGUGCAUGAGCCUUUUCAUCCUUCAUUAUGUUGUGCUCCGGGUGAAGGUGUUGACUGUAUAUCUAUAAUCAAGUUAUGAAUCUGUUGAUGUUCUGUAGCAUGGCAUUGUUACAGGUAACGGCAAACUAACUGAAAAGCAGUUACAAAGAUACAAAACAAGAAGUAGUGGUUCACAUUGAUUUUGUAUUAGAUGUCAGACAAUGUUGUGCGUUAUACAACAAGUUCAAAUGUACACCUAGAGACGGUCAUAUACAGUAUACACAGAAAAAAAUAACUCCUUUGGACGCUGCAAAUAUUUACAUUUACAUAUUUAUAUUUACACAAUUUUACAAUUUGACAGAUUAUCACAGGUGAUGGUCUAUGUACUAAUCCAAGGGGCUCUGUUUCUGCAGUUCAGGGGUAUCCAGCAGAUAUCAGAGCCUAGACUUCCUUCUUCCUGCUCAUUGUUUACGACAUGCUAGACCGAUUGUUUCACAAGUAUCCCGUUGAAAGGUAAUGUUAAACCAAUAAAAAGCUAAAUUCCUGGUCAGAUGAUAGCCGGUGGAUUCCCAGAUUGUAUUUCAGAUGUGUUCUGCCUCUUUUGCUCUCCACACAGACUGUUUACCUGCAUUUAACCGAAGCCUGCUCCAACGUGUUGGUCAAUACUACUCAGAAAGUAAACCGGAACCUUUCAGAUACCAAAGCCUUCUGCACAUGACUGCAGAAUCUGUGAAUAGAGAUUAGCCUGGUCUGACCAGGUACCAGCCCUCAGACUAACACAGAUGCAGGCAAAAAACGUUUUCUUCUUUGACAAGCCUUUUUCCUGGAGAACCACUUCAUCAAACGCUACAUCCCACAGGAUGCUGGACACCAAGGUGCUUAAACGUUUUGGUGUUCUCCCACACUCGAGGAGCUUCACCGUGUGAAUGUGGGUCUGUCCCCACAUAUCUGCCUCUAGCCAACGGGGGCUUUGCCAUGCUUGCUCCCAAUAACCAGUCGCCUCUAAAGCUGUAUCUGUACUGUAUAACCUUUAUUUAAGCUGUUUCUAAUGAUGAUUUUAAAUAUAACUUUUUUUCAUUUUUUUUUAUUAACACGAGUGCGAGGCAGGUCCCUGCCUGUUAAGUGCUGUUCUGCUCUCAUUAUGUAUCAUCAAAAUAAAACCUCCU